GCAUUGAAUAAGAUUUGGGUCCAACGUGAAAAUGGCAGCUAGAGCUGUCCAACAAGGAGUCAAACAGGUCAAGCCAAUAUUAUCAACAGACAGCGCCGAAGCAAGGCGACGUGUUUUUAAUUUAUAUAAAGCAUGGUUUAGACAACUGCCAUACAUAGUAAAAGAGUUUGAUAUUCCUGUGAAUGUGGGUCAGCUACAGGAGAAAUUACGGGAACAGUUUCUGAAGAACAAACAUGUGACCGACAUCCGGAUUAUAGACCUUCUAGUUAUUAAGGGCCAAAUGGAGCUGGUGGAGAUGACCAACAUUUGGCAGCAGCGGAAUCACGUGAUGAGAUAUUUUAAAGAGACUGAAACUCCUCGGCCGACCGAUUUCUUGUCCAAGUUUUAUGAUGGACACGAAUAAUGUGUUUCUUACUGUGCUUUUUUGUGUAUUUGAGACUAGAUACGUCAUUUAUUGAUGUGAAAAAGAGUUACUGCUCUGUACAUAGAGUUGCUUACCAGCAGUAAAUUAAAUAGAAAUAUUGUGUAA